CGGAAGUACACACCACUAGGGGGUUGUGGGAACCGCGGUUCCGGGAUGGUGGGCGGCGGCGGUGGCGGCGGCGGGCUCCUAGAGAACGCUAACCCCCUCAUCUAUGAGCGUUCGGGGGAGCGGCCAGUGACGGCAGGCGAGGAAGAUGAGGAAGUGCCCGACAGCAUCGACGCCCGGGAGAUCUUCGAUCUUAUUCGCUCCAUUAAUGACCCGGAGCAUCCACUGACACUGGAGGAAUUGAACGUAGUAGAGCAAGUUCGGAUUCAGGUUAGCGAUCCGGAGAGCACUGUCGCAGUGGCCUUCACACCCACCAUCCCACACUGCAGCAUGGCCACCCUUAUUGGCCUUUCUAUCAAAGUCAAGCUUCUACGGUCCCUUCCCCAGCGGUUCAAGAUGGAUGUGCACAUUACACCGGGGACCCAUGCCUCGGAGCAUGCAGUGAACAAACAGCUUGCAGAUAAGGAGCGAGUGGCAGCUGCCCUGGAGAACACGCACCUGCUAGAGGUUGUCAAUCAGUGUCUGUCUGCCCGCUCGUGAGCCUGGCUUUGGACCACCAGCCUGCACGGGUGGCCUGGCCUCAGCUCCACCAAGGAAGGGCUCAUGGCUUUGUUUUCUUGAAUCACUGACAAGGAGAAACUUAACACUUUUUAUUUUGUAAUAAACCCUUAAUUUAUAUUC